GUCAUUAACUUCUUUCAAAAACAUAAGUUGAGAAACCUUAGUCAUAGAAAUUAACAUGAAAUCACUCUUUCAAAUGCUUUUUUCUCUAAGGCUUCAAAUAAUUUAUUUCUGUUAUUUCAUAGCCAUAAUCUUGCAACAUGUUUCUUCUAAGAGUCUACCAAACAAUGAAACAGUUCCAGCAGUUUUUGUAUUUGGUGACUCUAUAGUUGAUCCAGGAAAUAACAACUAUAUCAACACUAUUGUCAAAUGUAAUUUUCCACCAUAUGGUAGAGAUUUUGAUGGAGGAAUUCCAACUGGCAGGUUCAGCAAUGGUUUAGUCCCAUCAGACAUAAUUGCUGAAAAAUUUGGAGUCAAGAAAGUUUUACCUGCUUAUCUUGAUCCUAAUAUACAACUUCAAGAUCUUCUUACCGGUGUAAGCUUUGCAUCAGGUGGUGCUGGAUAUGAUCCUCUAACCUCGCAAAUAAUGUUUGUGAAGUCAUUAUCAGAUCAAUUAGACAUGUUCAAGGAGUACAAGAAGAAGGUAGAGGAAGCAGUUGGAGAAAAGAAAAGAGAAAAAAUAGUAUCAAAGAGCAUAUACAUAGUGUGCAUAGGAAGUGAUGACAUUGCUAAUACUUAUGCUCAAACUCCAUUUAGACGUAUUCAGUAUGAUAUUCCAUCAUACACAGAUUUCCUACUUUCUGAAGCCUCAAAAUUCUUGCAGGAACUAUAUGGACUAGGAGGUAGAAGGAUUGGAGUAUUCAGUAUACCAGCUAUAGGGUGUGUGCCUUCACAAAGAACAAUUAAUGGAGGCAAACAUAGAGAAUGUUUAAAUUCUUCCAACCAAGCAGCACAACUCUUCAAUUCUAAGCUCUUCUUCAAAAUGAAGGCACUUGGGAAAGAGCAUUCAGAUGCUAGAUUUGUAUAUCUAGAUUCUUACAAUCCAUUUGUGGACAUCAUUCAAAAUCCUUCUAAAUAUGGUUUUAAUGAGAUAGAUAAAGGAUGUUGUGGUACAGGAGAUAUAGAAGUUGGGAUUUUGUGCAAUCCUUUGAUGAACACAUGCUCAAAUCGUUCAGAUUAUGUUUUUUGGGAUAGUUAUCAUCCUACAGAGAAGACUUAUUAUGUGCUUAGUUCACUUGUACUUGAUAACAAAAUUAAGGACUUCUUCUAAUAACACUUUUAGUCUCAUUCUAAAUUUCUAUUUAAUAAUGUAUUUUUCUUCUUAACUAAGAGUGUUAUUAUUGCAUAAUUAGAUGUGAUCAAAAUAGUACUAUAUUUUACCAUGUAUAAAUGGUGUACCAUGUGACAUGCAUGGGAAUGUAACUCCAUGAUAUUUACUAUUUAGUUGUAUGGAUUUAUGGUUCCUUUGUUAUGAAAAUUUAUAGUGAGCCUAUUUAUUUCAAUUUAUAUGUCUUACC